AAAUUAUUUAUUCAAAGAAAAUGUAAAACAGACUCAAUAAAGAAUUGCAAGAUUUGACUUAAACAAGUCCUCUUCAUGGUGUUUAGAUCACUGCCGAUGCUAAUAACAGAUUAUUGUAUUUAAUUUUAUGUAUUGAAAGAUGGACAGCCGUAGUCGCAGGCCCAGAAGGCACAGCCUAUUAAGGAGGCAAGUUCAAAUUGACCAUUACAUUCCCAGAGAACUAUCCUUUCAAAGCACCCUAAUUUAUUUUUACAACAAAAAUUUUCCAUCCCAAUAUUACAGAGAAGGGAGAGUUUUGUGAAGAUAUGAUUGAGACCAAAGUAAAUGAUGAUAAUAUUAUUAUAGGAGUAAUGGUAGCCAACUAAAACUGUUAAAUAAGUGUUAGAGAAAAUCCUAAACAUCUUGGGAUAAGUUAAUACUGAAUAAGCACUAAACCCAAAAGCAAUGGAGUUAUAUAAAAGCGAUAAAGGAAAGUUUGAAGAAGCAGUAAGAUAAGAAACCUAAAAAUUCGCUUAAUGAUGAGCAUUAGUAACAUAUAUUAACAAUUAUA